CGAUUAUUCAUCAUCACCAAGUCGUUUGUGUUAAUCUAUUCUGUUCUCUUAAGUUUUUUAUAGCUUGUUCUACAAGUAAAGACCCAUGUCGUCUCAACAGGAGAAAAAACAGCUCGACGAGCGGGCUAAGAAGGGAGAAACCGUCGUGCAAGGCGGUACUGGAGGCAAAAGCUUCGAAGCUCAACAGCAUCUAGCUGAAGGGAGGAGCCGAGGAGGGACUACAAGGAAGGAGCAGUUAGGAACUGAAGGAUAUCAACAGAUGGGACGCAAAGGAGGUACGAGAACUGGAAAGGCUGGUGGGGAAGACGAUGAGGAUGAAGGAGAGGAGAUGGACGAACCCACAUCAAGGACCAGGACUUAAUCUUUAAAGCUCUCGAUGGAUGUGUAAUAAUAAUCUUAUGUCCAAUAUUUCCAUGUAGAAGCGUGUUUGGUUUCUUGUAAUAAGUUCAUCUUUAGUUCACAAGAUGAUCAUGACAAUGUUUGUAUAUUUUCAUAGUGUUUCUUUUGUUAAUCUUAUCAACUUAUCGUUUCGGACAAA